AACAGUGCAUAAUGGCGUAUCGAUUAUCACCCCUUCUACGAAAUUUCAUAAAAGUCGGUACAGUGAACUGUAGAACUGUCUCCCAACAUUAUCCCAUCGACGAACAUAUUUUUGGCCUCACAAACGAGCAAAUCCAGCUUCGAGAGACCGUAUUUAAUUUUGCACAGAAAGAAUUAGCACCGAAGGCGAAUGAAAUCGAUAAAAAAAAUGGAUUCAGUGACCUGAGGAAUUUUUGGAAAAAACUUGGAGAUCUCGGGGUUUUAGGAAUCACUGUUAACCCCGAAUACGGGGGCACAGGUGGCUCUUACACCGACCAUGUGGUAAUCAUGGAAGAGCUUUCCCGAGCUUGCUCUGCCAUAGCCCUCAGCUACGGUGCCCAUUCCAAUCUCUGUGUCAACCAAAUCCAUCGCAACGGCACAGAAUCCCAAAAACAAAAAUACCUCCCGAAACUUUGUUCCGGGGAGUACAUGGGCGCCUUGGCUAUGUCCGAGCCCAACUCCGGCUCCGAUGUCGUCUCCAUGAAGCUCCGUGCUGAAAAAAAGGGCGAUUCCUACGUCCUCAACGGCACCAAGUUCUGGAUCACGAACGGGCCAGAUGCCGACGUUCUAGUUGUCUACGCCGUGACCGACCCCAACGCCAAAAAACCCCAACACGGCAUUUCGGCUUUCAUCAUAGAAAAGGGAUUCCCAGGGUUCAAAGCGGGCCCCAAAUUGGACAAAUUGGGAAUGAGGGGCUCAAACACCAGCGAACUGAUUUUCGAAGACUGUGAAGUGCCAAAGGAGAAUUUAUUGGGUGCGGAAAAUAAAGGGGUUUAUGUUUUGAUGAGUGGAUUAGAUUUGGAAAGGCUGGUCUUGGCCGGAGGGCCCUUGGGGAUCAUGCAAGCCUGCUGUGAUAUUACUUUUUCGUAUGCGCAUGUAAGGAAGCAAUUUCAGACAAGGAUUGGCGAAUUCCAGCUCAUACAGGGUAAAAUGGCCGACAUGUAUACCACAAUCGGAGCUUGUCGAAGCUACUUGUACAACGUAGCCAAAGCUUGCGACAACAAAAAAGUAAAUAGCAAAGACUGCGCCGGAGUAAUUUUAUACUGUGCUGAGAAAGCGACUCAAAUGGCUUUGGAUGCAGUCCAAAUAUUAGGUGGCAACGGUUACAUCAAUGAUUACCCAACUGGAAGACUUCUCCGCGAUGCCAAACUGUACGAAAUCGGCGCUGGAACAUCCGAAAUCCGAAGACUGCUCAUUGGACGAACGCUCAAUUCUGAAUACUCAUGAAAAUUUGUUUAAAUAAAGGUUUUAUUUGGAAAAAAA